AUUGCCUAUAGCUGAGCUGGCGCCAUGGGGAAUGGUAUGAAUAAGGUCCUACCCGGCCUGUACGUUGGGAAUUACCACGAUAGCAAGGACCCCGUCCAAUUGGAACGCUUCGAGAUCACCCAUAUCCUAGCGAUCCACGAUACCGCCCGUCGACUGCACUCGGACAAGCAUUAUUUGUGUAUAUUGGCGGCGGACAGUCCGGAUCAGAAUUUGACACAAUACUUUUCCGUGUGCAAUGACUUUAUUCACUCCGCCCGUUUAAGGGGUGGAAACGUCCUUAUACACUGCUUAGCCGGUAUGUCGAGAAGCGUCACAGUAGCAGUAGCCUAUAUCAUGAGUACCACCAAUCUGUCAUGGAAAGAGGCACUCAAAGUUGUCAGAGUGAGUCGUUCCAUUGCCAAUCCAAACGUCGGGUUCCAGCAACAGCUUAAGGAUUUCGAAUCCAGCCGACUUCACGAGGAACGACGCAGGUUGAAGGAACGGUUUCCAAGUCUGGCGCUCGCCGAGGCUGACGCAGAAGUGUGCCGUACCACUUUAAGAAAUUACGAAACCAUGGCACUGGCGCGGGAAGUGUGCGAAGGGAAAUGUGCCAUGGGCCGUCCUUGUCCGACUGGACUUUGCAGGCAGCCUUCCAAAAGGAGUCCAAGAAGAAAACAAUCCACGGGAAGCACCAGCAGUUUGACGACAGGAAGAACACCGCCGCAAACACCGAGAAUGCUACCAUCCGCGCCCCCAUCGCCAGCCAUGCACAGAUCGAGUAGCGUGAUGUCUGCGACUAGCAGACCAAGAAGCGGCCCUGCUGGGUUACAUUAUUAUACCGGUUCUGCACCCCCAUCCAGGGCAGUGUCAAGGGUGGAUCUGUCCGGAUCAGUGGCCUGCAGCAGUAGCAGUACGAGUCUACAAUCGGUGGGCAGAUCGGGCAUUUCCAGCAGCAACUGGCGGCUGACCGCCGGAUCAGCGCCAACAACGCCCCGGCCAACGCCGCCUGUCUCGCCUCAACGAUGGCCGAGGCGUGCGUCCAGCCGGCAGACACCCCAAUUGCCGAUUUCCCCAGAAACAUCGUCCUCGACCACGUAG